AUGUCGGAACUUGAGCCAAUCCCCGGCCCACCAGGCCUUCCUAUCGUUGGCAACAUUGCAGACAUCGAUGCAACGAAUCCCAUACAGUCCAUGUGCAACCUGACAUUAAAAUACGGUCCAAUAUGGAAGUUCUAUCUUGGCGGCGAGCGUGUUGUCAUUGCGAACCAAGCUCACAUGAACGAGAUAUGCGACGAGGAACGGUUCUCAAAGAUCAUAGCAGCAUCACUCGAACAAGUCCGAAACGGUGUGCACGAUGGCUUAUUCACAUCCUACGGACCACAAGAAGAGAACUGGGGUAUCGCACAUCGUGUUUUGCUUCCUCAACUAGGACCCCUAGCCAUUCGUAACAUGUUCAACGAAAUGCACGACAUUGCGUCUCAACUUGUGAUGAAGUGGGCACGACACGGCUCUGAGCAUACCAUUCACGUCACAGACGACUUUACACGUUUAACUCUCGAUACCAUCGCCCUCUGCGCCAUGGACUACCGUUUCAACUCGUACUACUACCAAAAGAUGCAUCCGUUUGUUGAUGCCAUGGCCGAUUUCCUCAAGACUAGCGGAGACCGCGCUAGGAGAGACCCCAUCUCGCAGAUGUUCUACGGUGCGGAGUCGCAGAAGUACUGGAGAGACAUUGAACUACUACGCAAGACUAGCAUGGAUGUCAUCAAGACGAGGAGAGAGAAUCCAACCGACAAGAAGGACCUACUCAACGGCAUGCUCAACGGUGUCGACUCAAAGACUGGUAAGAAGAUGACAGAUGAGAAUGUUAUUGACAACAUGAUCACGUUCUUGAUUGCUGGACACGAGACAACUUCGGGUUUACUAUCUUUCACUUUCUACUACCUACUGAAGAACCCUCAAGCAUACGAGAAGGCGCAGCAAGAAGUGGAUGAUGUGAUUGGCAAGGGACCGAUUACUGUUGAUCACCUCACAAAGCUUCCUUACCUGAAUGCUGUACUUCGGGAGGCUCUUCGUCUCCAGCCGACUGCGCCUUCAGUGGGCAUGACGGCUAAAGAAGACACUACGAUUGGAGGAAAGUAUGCAGUCAAGGCAGGCGUGCCUCUCGUCGCACUAUUCCCAAUGGUUCAUCGCGACCCAGUCGCAUAUGGUGAGGAUGCCGAGGAGUUCCGUCCCGAACGAAUGCUUGAUGCAGAGUUCGAGAAGCGCAAUACCGAGUUCCCCAACUGCUGGAAGCCGUUCGGUAACGGCAUGCGAGCUUGUAUCGGAAGACCAUUUGCCUGGCAAGAAGCCCUCUUGGUGCUUGCCAUCCUCCUCCAGAACUUUAAUUUCACCAUGGAAGACGCAUCGUACCAGCUCCAGAUCAAGCAAACGCUCACCAUCAAGCCCAAGGACUUUUACAUGCGCGCGCAUCUCCGAAGUGGCAUCUCCGCGACAUCGCUCGAACGUAAAUUGGCAUCGGUUACUCUCAACGAGCCUCCGCCAGCAAACGGUGCGCCCGGUGUGAGGAAAGAGAAUGCCGCCAAAGGCAAGCCCAUGGCUAUCUACUAUGGCUCCAACACCGGCACAUGUGAAGCGCUCGCCAACCGCCUUGCCAGUGACGCCGCGAAUCAUGGCUUCAAUGCGGAAGUCGUAGACACCCUAGAUGCUGUGCGCGAGAAUUUACCCACCGACAAGCCCAUCGUUAUCGUCACAGCCUCGUACGAAGGAGCACCUACAGACAAUGCCGCACACUUUGUCAACUGGAUCGGCACAUUGAAGGGCAAGGAGCUGGAGAACGUAUCGUAUGCAGUCUUCGGGUGCGGUCAUCGCGAUUGGGCAAAGACAUUCCACAAGAUUCCAAAAUAUCUCGACGCGACUCUGGAGGAACGAGGCGCGACCAAGAUGGUGCAAAUGGGUACCACUGAUGCCUCUUCAGGGGAUAUCUUCACUGACUUUGAGACCUGGGAGGACCAGGUGUUCUGGCCAGCCAUGCGCGAAAAGUAUGGGUCUACUGAGGUCGAUGGCGAAGGUUCGUUGGAGACUACUCUUGAUGUCGAAGUCACAGCGCCCAGGUCAUCGACAUUACGCCAGGAUGUUCGUGAGGCUCGUGUCGAGGAGGUUGAGGUUCUUUCCAAUGAAGAUGCUUCCGAGAAGAGACACAUCGAGAUCAGCCUUCCAUCAGGCAUGACAUACUCUGCGGGAGAUUACCUGGCCAUCCUACCUUUGAAUCCCAAGAAGAACAUUCAACGUGCCAUGCGACAUUUCGGUUUGAGUUGGGAUUCGAUGCUGACCAUCUCUUCGGCCGGCCCCACGACGCUUCCUACGGAUACUCCCCUCAGCGCCGUCGAUAUUCUCGGCGCGUAUGUCGAACUGGCCCAACCCGCUAGCAAGCGCAAUGUUGUUGCACUUGUCGAGUCUACACGUGACGAAGCCGAGAAGAAGCAGCUAGCGCAUCUCGCUGAUGAAGCCUUCAGCGCUGAGAUCACCGCCAAACGUGUAUCCGUCCUUGAUCUCCUCGAGCGCUUCCCAUCCACGAAACUGCCACUCGGCGUCUUCCUGAAGAUGCAGCCACCGAUGCGCGUACGCCAAUACUCCAUCUCGUCGUCGCCUCUAUGGAACCCCAACAAUGUCACCCUCACCUACUCCGUCGUCAGCGCACCCGCCCUGAGUGGCCAAGGCCGGUACGUAGGCGUUGCUACGAAUUACCUUGCGAACCUUGCGCCAGGCGACCGGUUACAUGUUAAUGUGCGGGCUUCGCACCAAGCCUUCCACUUGCCGAAAGACUCCAAGAACGUGCCCGUCAUCAUGAUGGCAGCAGGUACCGGUCUCGCACCGUUCCGGGGUUUCAUUCAAGAGCGGGCAGCUCAAAUCGCAGCGGGCCGCAAACUCGCACCUGCCAUUCUCUUCUAUGGCUGCCGAUCACCUUCCAGCGACCUCAUGUACAGCGAUCUUCUCAAGCGUUGGGAAGACAUGGGCGCAGUCUCCAUCCGGUUCGCUUUCUCGCGUAAGACGGACGAGUCGCAUGGCUGUAAGUAUGUGCAAGACCGUGUGUACCACGACCGCGCCGAUGUCAUCGAGCAGUUUGAAGCCGGUGCUAAGCUCUUUGUCUGCGGAUCGCGCGAAGUUGGGAAUGGUGUGCAGGAGACGCUUAUCAAGAUUGCCAAGGAGAGAUUGAAGGAAAAGGAGGGGCGGGAGGCGGAUGAUGCCAAGGCUAGGGAGUGGUUUGAGGGUCUGCGCAACGAGCGGUUUGCUACUGACGUCUUUGAGUAG